AAGUGAAGAAGAAACGCCACAGUUAUAGGAGAGUGCUCCUUCCAGAAGUGUUCCCGGAACCAUGCUGGAGAGGUUCUGCAACUCGACUUUUUGGAAUUCCUCGCUCCUGGAUAGCCCAGAGGCAGACCUGCCUCUUUGUUUUGAGCAAACUGUUCUGGUGUGGAUUCCCUUGGGCUACCUUUGGCUCCUGGCCCCCUGGCAGCUUCUCCAUGUUUAUCGAUCCAAGACCCAGAGAUCUUCUAUCACCAAACUCUACCUGGCCAAGCAGGUGUUCGUUGGACUUCUUCUGAUUCUAGCAGCCAUCGAGCUGGCCCUUGUACUCACAGAAGACUCUGGACAGGCCGCGGUCCCUGCUAUUAGAUAUACCAAUCCGAGCCUCUACCUAGUCACAUGGCUCCUGGUCUUACUGGUCCAGCACAGCAGGCAACGGUGUGUCCAGAAAAACUCGUGGUACCUGUCCCUGUUCUGGAUUCUCUCGAUCCUCUGUGGCACUUUCCAGUUUCAGACUCUGAUCCGGACACUCUUACGGGGCGACAGCUCUAACCUGACCUAUUCCUGUCUGUUCUUCAUCUCCUAUGGGUUCCAGAUCCUGGUCCUGAUCUUCUCAGCGUUUUCGGAAAACGUCGACUCGUCAAAAAAUCCAUUUUCCACGGCUUCAUUUCUGAGUAGCAUCACCUUCAGUUGGUAUGACAGCAUCGUUCUGAAAGGUUACAAGCACCCUCUGACAAUCGAAGAUGUCUGGGAAAUGGAUGAAGCGGUGAAAACCAAGGCCCUGCUGAGCAAGUCUGAGACGCAUAUGGCGAGGGAGCUGCAGAAAGCCCGGCGGGCCCUCCAGAGGCGGCGGCAGAAGGCCCUCCCGCAGGGCCCGAAAGCCCGGCUGCACAGCCUGGCCAAGACCGAGAGUCAAAGCCAAGACGUCCUUGUCCUGGAAGAAGAUAAAAAGAAGAAAAAGAAGACCGGAGCCGCUCAAGACACGCCGAGGUCCUGGCUGGUCAAGGCCCUGUUUUGGAGCUUUCACGGGGUGCUACUCAAAUCAUUCCUUCUGAAGCUGGUGCAUGACCUCUUCAUGUUCCUGAACCCCCAGCUGCUCAAGUUGCUGAUCUCCUUUGCAAAUGACCACGACAUGUACCUGUGGACUGGGUAUGUCUAUGCCAUCCUCAUGUUCCUGGUGGCUCUCAUCCAGUCUGUCUGCCUUCAGUAUUAUUUUCAACUGUGCUUCAUGCUGGGCAUUAAUGUACGGACAACCAUCAUGGCCUCCGUGUAUAAGAAGGCUCUGACCCUCUCCAAUGUGGCCCGGAAGCAGUACACCAUCGGAGAGACGGUGAAUCUGAUGUCGGUGGACGCCCAGAAACUCAUGGACGUGACCAACUUCAUCCACUUGCUGUGGUCAAGCGUCCUGCAGAUCGUCCUGUCCGUCUGCUUCCUGUGGAUAGAGCUGGGGCCCUCGGUCUUAGCGGGUAUUGGGAUGAUGGUGCUCCUUAUCCCAGUUAACGGGGUACUGUCCACCAAGAACAGGAAGCUCCAGGUCAAAAAUAUGAAGAAUAAAGACAAACGUUUGAGGAUCAUGAAUGAGAUUCUCGGUGGAAUCAAGAUCCUGAAGUAUUUUGCCUGGGAGCCUUCCUUCCAAGACCAAGUCCACAAACUCCGGAAGAAGGAGCUCAAAAACCUGCUGGCCUUCAACCAGAUACAGGCCGUGGUAGUGUUCCUCCUCUUCCUGACGCCGGUGCUGGUGUCUGUGGUCACGUUUUCUGUCUACGUCCUGGUGGACAGCGGCAACGUCCUGGACGCCCAGAAGGCCUUCACCUCCAUCACGCUCUUCUACAUCCUGCGUUUCCCUCUGAGCAUGCUGCCCAUGGUCAUCGCCACCACACUCCAGGCCAGCGUCUCCACAGAGCGGCUGGAAAAGUACCUGGGAGGGGAAGACUUGGACACAUCCGCCAUUCGCCAUGACUGCAAUUUUGGCAAAGCCGUGCAGUUUUCUGAGGCCUCCUUCACCUGGGAGCACGAUUUGGAAGCCGCCAUCCGAGAUGUGAACCUGGACAUCAUGCCAGGCCAGCUGGUGGCCGUGAUGGGCACCGUGGGCUCGGGGAAGUCCUCCUUGAUGUCAGCCAUGCUGGGGGAAAUGGAGAAUGUCCACGGGCACAUUACCAUCAAGGGCUCUACUGCCUAUGUCCCACAGCAGUCCUGGAUUCAGAAUGGCACCAUAAAGGACAACAUCCUCUUUGGGUCAGCGUUGAACGAAAAGAGGUACCAGCAAGUUCUGGAGGCCUGUGCCCUCCUCCCAGACUUGGAAAUAUUGCCCGGAAGAGACUUGGCUGAGAUUGGAGAGAAGGGCAUCAAUCUCAGCGGGGGUCAGAAGCAGCGGAUCAGCCUGGCCAGGGCUGUCUACCAAGACUUAGACAUCUACCUUCUGGACGACCCCCUGUCCGCCGUGGAUGCUCAUGUGGGAAAACACAUUUUCAAUAAGGUCUUGGGCCCCCAUGGCCUGUUGAAAGACAAGACUCGGCUCUUGGCGACACACAGCCUCCACUUUCUUCCCCAAGUGGACGAGAUUGUGGUGCUGGGGAACGGCACCAUCCUGGAGAAGGGCUCCUACAGCGCUCUGCUGGCCAAGAAGGGUGUGUUUGCCAAGAACCUGAAGACCUUCCUGAAGCAUGCGGGUUCUGAAGAGGAAGCCACCCUCAAUGACGGCAGUGAGGAAGACGACAACGAUUACGGGCUGAUAUCCAGUGUGGAAGAAAUCCCCGAAGACGCGGCCUCCGUGGUCAUGAGAAGAGAGAACAGCCUUCGCCGGACGCUCAGCCGCAGCUCUAGGCCCGGCAGCAAGCGUCUGACGUCCCUGAAGAGCUCCUUGAAAACGCAGCCAGUGAACGGCCUCAAGGAGGGCGAGCUGGUGAAGGGACAGAAGCUAGUUAAGAAGGAAUUCAUAGAAACCGGAAAGGUGAAGUUUGCCAUCUACCUGAAGUACCUGCGAGCGAUAGGGUGGUACUUUAUCUCCUUUAUCGUCUUCGCCUUCAUGCUGAAUUCUGUGGCUUUUAUUGGCUCCAACUUCUGGCUCAGCGCCUGGACCAGUGACUCCAAAACCUUCAACGCCACCACCUACCCCGCCUCCCAGAGGGACUUGCGAGUCGGCGUCUAUGGGGUCCUGGGGUUGAUCCAAGCUCUCGCCGUGUACUUGGCAAAUCUCUGCAGUGCCUACGGCUCCACCCAUGCGUCCAACACCCUACACAAGCAGCUUCUGAACAACAUCCUGCGAGCGCCCAUGAGCUUUUUCGACACAACCCCCAUUGGCCGGAUCGUGAACAGGUUUGCCAGCGACAUCUCCAUGGUGGACGACACCCUCCCCAUGUCUCUGCGCAGCUGGCUCCUGUGCUUUCUGGGCAUUCUGAGCACCCUCGUCAUGAUCUGUCUGGCCACCCCCGUGUUCGUCGUCAUCAUCGUCCCCCUGGGCAUCCUCUACGUGUCCGUGCAGAUAUUUUACGUGGCCACCUCCCGCCAGCUGAGGCGUCUGGACUCUGUCACCAGGUCCCCGAUCUACUCUCACUUCGGGGAGACGGUGUCGGGGCUGUCUGUCAUCCGCGCCUUCGAGCACCAGCAGCGCUUCCUGAAGCAUAACGAGGCGGGCAUUGACACCAACCAGAAGUGUGUCUUCUCCUGGAUCAUCUCCAACAGGUGGCUUGCAGUUCGCCUGGAGCUGGUUGGGAACCUGGUUGUCUUCAGUUCAGCCUUGCUGAUGGUCAUCUACAGAGACACCUUGAGCGGGGACACAGUGGGCUUUGUUCUGUCCAACGCACUCAAUAUCACACAAACGCUGAACUGGCUGGUGAGGAUGACAUCGGAAAUAGAGACCAAUAUCGUGGCCGUGGAGCGAAUCACCGAGUACAUAGCAGUGGAGAAUGAGGCGCCCUGGGUGACCGAUCGGAGGCCCCCGCCGGAUUGGCCCAGCAAAGGAAAGAUCCAGUUUGAUAACUACCAAGUGCGGUACCGGCCCGAGCUGGAUCUGACACUGAAGGGGAUCACUUGUGACAUCAAGAGCACGGAGAAGGUCGGCGUGGUGGGCAGGACAGGGGCCGGAAAGUCGUCCCUCACAAACUGCCUCUUCAGGAUCCUGGAGGCCGCGGGAGGCCAGAUCAUCAUUGACGGGGUGGACAUUGCUUCCAUCGGGCUCCAUGACCUUCGGGAGAAACUGACCAUCAUCCCUCAGGACCCCGUCCUGUUCUCUGGGAGCCUGCGCAUGAACCUGGACCCGUUCAACAACCACUCGGACGAGGAACUCUGGGAGGCCCUGGAGCUGGCUCACCUCAAGCCCUUCGUGGCCGGCCUGCAGCUUGGGUUGUCCCACGAGGUGACCGAGGCCGGCGGCAACCUGAGCAUUGGCCAGCGGCAGCUGCUGUGUCUGGGCCGGGCCCUGCUCCGGAAGUCCAAGAUCCUGGUCCUGGACGAGGCCACGGCCGCGGUGGACCUGGAGACCGACCACCUCAUCCAGACCACCAUCCGCAGGGAGUUCUGCCACUGCACGGUCAUCACCAUCGCCCACAGGCUGCACACCAUCAUGGACAGCGACAAGGUGAUGGUCCUCGACAGCGGGAAGAUUGUAGAAUACGGCAGCCCUGAGGAGCUGCUGCAGACCUCCGGCCCCUUCUAUCAGAUGGCCAAGGAAGCGGGCAUCGAGAAUGUGGACAACACGGCCUUCUAGAAGCAGGACCCUGGCUCAGAGAGGACAGUGGCGAUCCUUCCUUAUUUAAUGACAUUUGUUGUGAAAGAUGUCAUACGUACAAAAGUGUGUAAGGAAGCACCCAGGCACCUGCUACCCGGGUGGAGAAAAUGCACACUACUAGGUGCCAUGAAAACCCCUCGACUGCUCCGCCUUGAUCAAGCCCCCCGUGAGCCACCCCUCCCAGAGACAGCUGCUCUCCUGAACUUCACUGAGAUCGUCCUUGCCUUUCAUCCCCAUUUUACCACCUUUGUAUGUAUCUCCAAACAGCAUGCACCUUUUUUAACUUAUGUAAACGGACUGACUUCUGCUGUGCGUGUUACUCUCUGACUUGAUGCUUUUUGCUCAAUAUUAUCCUUGAGAUUCACCCA